CUACAUCAUCGACUAAACUAAUCACAAUGCAGCUGGAACAUUUUAAAACAUAACCAUUACGUUAAGAUGGUUAAGAUGGCGUGAUCAUAUACGUCGUGAUACUCGUGCCAAUUGGCAGGCGAUGUGCGUUGCUUGGUACUUGAAUGUAAUUAAUCCUAGUACGAAACUAAACAGUUUUUUGUUGAAUAACUGAGUUUCUUAAUUAGUGUGAUUAAAUGUAUCGAUUUGCUAAAGACAAUAUAAUUACAAUGACAGAGGUAUGGGAUAUAAUUAAGCGAGAUAGCAAUGUAUAUUAUUUGAACCCUUCGAGAGAAAAUCACAUGUAUUGCGUUUACUGAGGGAUUCUGUAGUGUUAUGAUUGUUUAAUUUCAUGUUAACUGUCAGUAAGUAUUGCCACAUUGUAAUUUGGAGUGUAACCUACAUGUUGCUGGAAUACCUUCAACUUUAGGAUAAACGUUAUGUGAAAAUUAUUAUAUACGCACUCAUUUUUACCCCGAAGAUGGAUUACGUUCCUCUGAGACAUUGAUUACGUACGAUAUCAGGGUUUGAAAAUUAAUCAGGGUAUGAGAGUAGUUUGUUGGUUGGGUGGAGUACUUUAGAAAAAUGAAGAGUAAUUAACCCUCUUACCGCCUGGGCUAGUGUCACAUCGCCAUUGUGCUUGUGAAUCGCUCAUAGGGCGCAGCACAAUACUCAAUGGCUCAAAGUUUCUCAUGAAUAGAAUAGGAGACAAGCAGGUGGGUUUAUCUGUGGUCGCCAGCGCCGCGUCUCUCAGUGUGUGACGUGCAGUCAGUGGAUGUUGUAGUGUGGUGGCAGUGAUGUAUUCAUGUUGCAACACGUGUUCUGCAGUGAUAACAUGACAAUGACCCCCCAACGUAGAAAGUAAUUGAAGUAUGUGAACACGGACGCCACAAGACCCAUUGUUUUGAAACACGCGUUGAAGGACACAGAGAAUAGAUAGUGAACUUUGUAUAAAAACAGGGACACGAAUGAUUGUAUCACCUGUUGGAGAAGAUAGUGAAAUGUGAACUUUCUGAUGAACACUAAAACAAGUGCCAUUGGAUUGUACACCUGUUGAAGAACAUCGCCUCAUCUAGCCCUUGACCUCAUGUCUGACGCUGCCUGCGGUCGGAUGACGUGGCCCAUGGAUCCGUGGCCCGUCCUGGUACUCCUGCUGCUGCUUGCCGCACACUCUGACGGCUCCCGGCGCCAGCACCGAGUCGAACUCAGCACCGAGUUCUUCCUGGUGCCUGAGCGCAGCGUUCCCCCGCCCCCUGGAGUGAACCGCAGUGUCGGGGACGGCGAGGGUCCUGGGGUGCUGCGUCGCGAGGUCUGGGUGGUGCCUCUGCUCGUGCUGUCCUCGCUCACCAUGAUGGUCAUAGCCGGCUUCGAGGUGUUCGUGCUGUGCAAAGCAUGGCGAACGACCCCUAGCCGGCGCCACCUGUUCCUGGGCCAGAUGUUGCUACUGGGGCUUUUCUUGUGCUCCGUGCUGGGAGCUGUGCUGGCCGCCACGCCAACCCCCGCCACAUGUGCCGUCGUGAGGUUUGGUACUGGAUUUGCUUAUGCCGUUGUGUUCUCAGCGCUUCUGGUCAAAUGCGUGUUCCUAAUCAGCCUGAACGGCGGCGUGUACCUACCUGCACCCUACCAGGCGCUACUACUGCUGUUCGCGGUGCUGAUCCAGGUGGCAGUUGGCGCCCAGUGGCUGCUAAAGACCCCCCCUCGCCACCACAGGCUGCUCGUCACCGCGGAGGACAUCGCAGCCGACCAUCUCCUCCUUUGCCACACCCCGUAUACAGACCUGUUACUCUCCCUCCUCUACGUCAUGUGCUUGAUUAUCUUCGUGGCAGUCCUCGCCAUCAAGUCCCGAGGAAUUCGUGACAAUUACCGCGAGGCAACGUUCAUCGGCCUGGCGGUAGGCUGCAGCAUCCCAGUGUGGCUGAUUUGGAUGCUGUGCGGAUUGGUAGUGCCUGAGCGUCACCGCGACGCGUGUCUCGCGUUCGGCCUCGUCAGCACCGCCACCAUCGUGUUCCUCGUUAUGUUCAUGCCGAAGGGACGGCAGCUGGCUGCGAUGGGCAAGGAGGGCGUCUACGUCGAAGACCGCGAGGAACGGUUCAGUUCGCUGAGUCCUGCGGGGUCUGGGUAUUCGCCGUCAUUUUUCCAUUUCAAGCCCGUCAAGUACGCCUCAGGACCCGGAACGGGGCUCCAGACGGGGGCGCUGCCCGCCCACAAACAGACAUCCGGCGUCGCCACGCUCACAGAUCGAGUCGCACUGGUGGCAGCACCUCCAAGCUACACGAGAAUGUAUCACUACUACCCAUACUGUUACUAUCCACGGUACCCAGGACCUUGGUUGACACUGUUGCUACAGUCUCUUCCAAGAAUGACCUCAGGUCGUAGUGGUUGCCUAGUUUCAAGGAAUAAUGUGACAGACAGACACAGACAGGCCCGUAAUGGGUGUGAAGAAUGCCUAAAAGGAGGUUUUUAUGUGAAACCUGAGGAUGGCAAUUUGUACACCACCCUGGAGCCAACUCUUUCCAGCAACCCCAAUGUGUUCUUCCAGAGAGGCGGAGUCCACCCUGGCAUGAUGUACUGAGACGAUGCUGUCGAUUUAAGUGCGUGACAAUGUGAACUUAGAGAGUUGCAAAAUGUGUACACGUCAGAGACGCAGUGUCGAAAUGAUCUCUUCCUAGGUUAUACUUGAGCCAAGAAGAAUGUAAAGAGUGUACAAAUUCUAGUGUUUUUAUUUUAUUAUUAAUUUUCAUUGUAGUACAGGGAUCUGUACAAAUAUUUAUCUUCAGCAUAUAUUGAAAGCAACGAAAAAGUUUUUGUUUAGUGCUUUUACACUUCAUUGCUAAAUUCUAACUGUAGUAAUUUAGUAAGCAUGUCCAGUUGAGAAAAUUUACUAAAAUGUUUGUCAGUAAAGCUUUGACGUAUGCGUA